AUGGACAAUGCUCUCUACGACACCUCAUGGGUCUUGUACUCCAUAACUCAUCUCCCAGCUUCCUUGCAUGCCAUCAUCUUGGACCCAAAGCUCAGUGCCGGCGGAGCCAGAGCCCAAACUGAAGCACUCGGACUCUCAGAACAUGCCGCUGCGCUACGCGCCUCACUCGCCAGAGAACAGGAACAACGUCCACGGUACGAAGAAGUUGAAGAACACGAGCGACUGGGUGUUCUGAAGGAAUGUACUUGGCGGCUUCUUUUGUCAUCGAGGGCAGAACUUGAACACUCAAGUGUUGAUGCUCAUGGCCGAAAAAGGAAACGGGACCAUCGUGAUAGUACUGCCGGCGCCAGUUGUCAAUCCACCGGCAAUCAUCAUGGACAUGCACUCAUGAUUUCGCUCGUGUACGAUAGGACGACAUAUAAACUCGUCAUUUACACCACCGAAAAAACUCCUCAAUCUUCAACAAGCAGCAGCCGUCGUGAUUUGAGGCCAGAGCCAGACUCCAACUCAGAUGCCACCGCCAUUUUACUCUGCAAGGCAUCGCCAUCCGCACUGAAAGCCGUGACGACAUAUCUGGCAGACACAUUCUCAUUGGCAUUGGCCGAUAUAACGCCGCUCAGGUUGUCUCCAGCACUGAUUCGCUCCACGCUGGAACAGUACCUUGCAACAGUGUCUGUUGCGCUGGGGAGGGCGGCGUUUGCGUCGGCAUUGGUAGCCGAAGCAGAGCAAGAAUCAGUAGCAGAGGAACACGAACACGAACGUGAACAAGAACGCGAACACCUUCACUCAAUAUUCCAGUCAAUCGUGGGCACAUUGCGAAUCACCAUCUCCUUUGCGCCGCCCGUCGCGCCGAGCUUGAAGACUCUCGAUAUCACUGUCCCGCCGCGCACGGUGGGUGAGCAAUAUCGCCAUGUGCUCGACGGUUCAGACCAGACGACAAAUGACAGUAGACGACCGCAAUUUAUGGAUACUCUUGCAACGUGGAUUCGGGACAAGACGGGAUUAAAUAUUGAUCCUUUUCCUUCUACGAUUGUCAAUGGCGACGACAAUGAUGGUAACGACGACGACGAAGGAAAUGCCGCCGUUGGCAAUGAUACUUCAGUGGCCACUGCAAACAAGACGAAGAAGAAUCCGAUGAGGCCGCAUACUGAGACUGAGACUGAGACUGAGAGCGAGGCUUCUGUCCAAGAACCACCACCGCACCAACCUCCAAUGCGCGUCUCUAGAGUCUCCACCGCCGCCUACGCCAUAUCCGUUGAAGGGCGGUUGAAAUUCGCCUCCAAGCCUGUCGAAUUAGUUAACGGAUUUCUGGGCCUGCUUGAGCACGGCAGUAAUGCGGAAGGGGUCUCGGAAGCCAGGCAUGAGAAUUUCGUCCGUGAAGCGAAUCAACAGUUGCUGAACGCCGUGCUUGCUGAAGCUAGGAGACAAGUCAGGGAGGACGGAUGA